GGGUACUGGCGAUGGCAGGGGUGCCACUCUCUCCGCAGCUCCUUUUAACACUUUCUGCAGCUAUUGCUACAAUGGGGCUAAAGUUGGAAAAGAGAAAUGCAACCCCUUCUGUGUGUCCGGUCGGCCACUUCCCCUGUGGCAACGUUUCUACUUGUUUGCCUCAGCUGCUGCACUGCAAUGGAGUCAAAGACUGCAGCAACGGGGCUGAUGAGGUCAACUGUGAAGACAUCAGUGGCUGGUAUGUGAUAAUCGAUAAGGCUCGAGGAACACCUUUCCCUGAUAGCUGGCAAACAGAAUGCCACCUCCGAGAGUAUCCCCAGAUUUGUGACUGCCAAGAGACUGAGUUGGAAUGUGUGGACGUCCAUUUGCAUUCCAUCCCAAAGGUGUCUCCAAAUGUAACCUUAUUCUCACUGAAGCAGAACUUCAUCAGACAUUUACCUGCUUAUGCCUUCGUCCAAUAUGCAGAACUGAAAAAUCUGUUCCUGCAGAAUAACUGCAUUAAAACAGUGUCCAGGGACGCCUUCUCCGGACUCUACAUGCUUCAGAGACUGUAUCUAAGCCACAACUGCAUUGAAGUGGUGACGGCAGGCAUGUUCCGAGAUCUCCAUAAUCUUCAGUGGCUAAUCCUUGAUAAUAACCAGAUAACACAGAUUCCAGGCCAGCUAUUCACUGGACUCAAUUCCCUCAUUUUUAUGUCACUGGUGAAUAAUUCACUUCAGACACUUCCUAGUAGUGGUGUGUGUGAAGAUAUGCCUGCACUUAACUGGCUGGAUUUUGCAAGCAACCAUAUUACAACAUUAAAUUCGUCAGUGUUUCCCAUGUGUAGUUCUCUCACAGUGCUAUCUCUUGGGCACAAUGAACUUGAAGUGACCUCAGAAAACACCUUUAGUCGGCUACAGAAUUUGAUUGAGCUAGAUCUGUCAGCCAACAAGCUUGUGGAUAUGCCAGAUAACAUUUUUAAGGACCUCCAAUCCCUGCAGACCCUAAAUCUUUCAAGGAAUCCACUUUGUUAUAUUCACCCAAAUCAGUUUGACAACCUGAAAAGUCUGCAGUCUCUAGACCUUGAAGAGAUUGAAAUACCUGAUACUCACUCGCGAAUGUUCACCCGUCUGAAGAACCUCACACACAUUUACUUCAAGACAUUCCAGUACUGCCGACUGGCACCUCAUGUCAGGAGCUGCAAGCCAAACACAGAUGGCAUCUCUUCACUGGAGGACCUGCUAGCCAGCAUUAUUCUUAGAGUUUUUGUUUGGGUCAUUGCUACGCUUACUUGUGUUGGCAACAUUUUUGUCAUUUGCAUGCGCUCCUGCAUCCGUGCAGAGAACCAGCUGCAUGCUUUGGGAAUCAAGUGCCUUUGUGGUGCAGAUUGCCUUAUGGGAAUAUACCUGUUCUUUGUAGGAGUUUUUGAUGUUAUGUACAGAGGUGAGUACAACCAACAUGCCCAAUACUGGAUGGAGAGCACAGAGUGCAGCUUUGUGGGAUUUCUGGCUAUGCUGUCCAGUGAGGUUUCCGUCAUGCUUCUUACAUAUCUGUCCGUGGAGAAGUGCCUGGCCAUUACAUUCCCUUUUAAUACCAUGAGACCAGGUCGCUGCCAGACUCUCAUCAUCCUACUGUCUAUCUGGACUGCGGGCUUCAUCAUUGCAUUCAUUCCACUCCAUAACUAUGAGUAUUUUGGGAAUUAUUAUGGCCGAAAUGGAGUUUGCUUUCCCCUUUACUCUGAUGAGACUGAAAAACCAGGAGCUAAAUACUACUCUGUUGGCAUAUUCCUUGGCUUAAAUGUACUGGCCUUCUUGGUUAUCCUCCUGUCCUAUGUUACGAUGUUCCUGUCUAUCCGCAAAACUAGCUCGCGCACCUGCUCUAAGAAAAGACAGUUGAGGAAUGAUGUGGCCAUUGCUCACCACUUCUUCUUCAUUGUCUUCACUGAUGCCCUCUGCUGGAUCCCCAUCUUCAUCCUUAAGGUGCUGUCUCUUCUGCAAGUGCAGAUUCCAGGGACAGUAACAUCUUGGGUGGCCAUAUUCAUUCUACCCAUCAACAGUGCUUUGAACCCCAUCUUAUAUACCUUGACCACCAGUUUCUUCCGGGAGACAGUCAAAUCAUCACUUUCAAGAGUGCACAGAAGGAACAUCGACAGCUUGUCAAAGCACACUUCUUCACUAAAGCUCAAUUUUCUUAAAUCGUAAUGUUGGCUGGUCAUUUAGAAACUUAGAACUGUUCAUUGUGAUUCAGUAGGCACCCUGAUGCAAAAAAAGUGGUGCAGUCUCAUGUUUCACUGAUGAAUGGCACAUUGAGAAGCAAUGUUUGCUUAUUAUGGUGUUUUAGAAGGCCUACCAGAUACAAGACUACAAAACAAAUUAAUCGAUUGUUUCUCAGAAGAAGACCAGGUCUGUACUACUUGAACUUUGGUCCUAGAGGAUGGGGUUGCCCUCAUACCUUAGUUGAGUGAUGAAACAUUACUAUUCUACACACAAAUAGAAUUUGUGACUGAACAUAACUUCUCCUAGAAAAAGCAGUUCAAUUUUUCUAAAGACAGACCUGGCGGAGCAGCAUGACUUGGUAUGCAGAUGAUUCGGUUUGCCUGUUCCUCAUGCUCAAGACCAUCAGUAAUUAUCCUAAAUCAUGAAAUAAUUAUACUGCAAAUACAAAAUACCAAGAAUACCUUGAUGAUAACUUUGUCAGCUGUAUUAUCAACUGCGUUUGACAAGUGGGACACACAAACUUAUUCCAUCCUAUAUUGUCUGUUGUGACAGUGAGAUAAUGCUGAAAGUUAUGGUUGCAUGAAGGUUUAUUUGUUUUGUUGAGAAGAUUCUGAGAGGACAAAAGGAAUAAUACCACAGGAGUGCUGUCAGAUCAUGUAACUGACCUCCACCAUUCCUAUGUCUAUGAUUACCAACAUACAGUAAGUAGUAAUAUUAUCCAUGAACUGAAAACUAAUAUCAAGCUCAGCAUCCUUUAUGACAUCUGACAUUGUUAUCUCAGUUAUCAGAUGCCACUGGCACUUGCCUUUAAUUCUUACAUGGCACAGAGUCCAAGCAGUGGGUAUCAUGGUGUAUAUGAAUAUGCCUCCAGUUAUAACUGCAGUUUGACAGCGUGAGAAAUCCUACCACCAUUGUAUUACUUUUUAUUUUAUGUCUGUUAUUUGUACUUUUCAAGUAGGGCAGCAUUCCACUAUAUGAAACCAUAUGAUGACAUCAAUCCAUCAUGUAUAGGACCUCAACUACAGUGUGCUUCAUGUCAUCUACAAACCAUUUCCCCCUUACUGGAGCAUUGGAACAUUUGUUUAGUUGCAUCUUUAAUCAGGUUAAAGAGUCCAGUGUUUUCUUUACUAAACAGCAAGGUUUUAUCCAGUACACACCACUAUGGACCAAUUAAAAUGUCUUUGUUCUGUUUUAGAAUCUAGGCUCUGGCCUUAGUGGACCUGGAGUAAGUGGGUUCAAUAAUAAAUAAUGAAUGUUUUUUGUAAUUACUUUAUGUUCAUAUGCCAUCUUUCAUACCAAUUGGACAAGAACAUCUAUCAUGCUUUUAUAUUAUUUCUUAUACUUUGCAAUACUCUAUUUGAGUAAAAGGACAAUUUACUUGACAGGAUUGAGUGUUAAUGGACACAGGCACACCACAGCUAGAAAAGGCAGUAAAUAAAAACAUAAACUGGUGUGCCAAGGGAAACAAGUGGCGGGAACAGUAAACUUUCAACAAUAAUUGGCAAGUAUAGAUGUUUCAAACUUACUGUAUAUCAAAUAAAAGUUACAAAAAGUAGUAAAGAACAGUGAUGUUUAUGGAAUACCAAUUCUGGUGGAGCUUAGUGUCUAUAGAUGGUAAGAAAGGGCAAAGCCAGCCAUGAAAUGAGUUGUGCAGGAAGUGUGCAUGUUUGUUUGCUUAUGUGUUGGUGUGUGAGAUAGAGCAAGAGCGAGCACAAGUCAGAGAUAUGAUCAGGCACAUAAAGACCACUCUUUGUGACUCCUAGGAGAUCUGCACCUCUGCUUAUGUUUUAUCAUGUGAAAAGCUUUUGAGAACACCUGUCCUUAAAACAUACUCUCCUUUGACCAAAUGCGAUUAUCCUUUUCUAUAAACUUCAGUUAUAUGACACAUCCCUGUCACUACUUGUGUUUAGCUAUUCUUACACCUGCCAAACAUUAGGGUUGUACAUUUCACUGUUGCAAGGCACUUGCACUCAAACCUACAGUUCACUAGCAUGAGAUUUCACCCAGGUAUGACUAUCACUGUAGCUUAUUUCUUACACCCUUGAUCGGCUAAUCUGUAAAAAGGACUCAUGUUCUCGACUCUCAGAAGACCAAAUAGAACAAAAUGUAAAAUUAGAAAAGCAGGGUUAAUAACUUUGAAUCGUUAAAUAUUAUAACUAAUACCAUAAACAAAUGCAAAAAGGGAUGUGGCCUUUUAUACCAGUACAUCCUGGAUUAUCCAGAUGUAUGUGCGUUGAUUCCAGGUGGCCAAUAUUCUUAGUAGUUACUAUGCACAGAAUCUCUGGUCAGGUCAUCAUCUCCAGUCAUCUCUUUCUGGUCAAUUCCCUCUCUAUCCAGAUCUUUGUCUGGUCUCCUAUCUUACUGAUAUCUUAUUGGUCCUGUCCCAUUUCAUUGUCUGGGCUCAUAUUUCUUAUCUGUCCCUCUUCUACAAUGCUUUCUUCCUAGAAGAGGAAGGAUUACUCAUUCUUCUGAAUCCUACCCACCUUAAACAAAAAAUAAUUCUUUAAUUCUAAAUCUUCAGGCUUUCUUCCUGGGGAAAACACUAACAAUUCCUAAACAGUUUCCCCAUCUCUGAUAUUUGGAGCUCUUACAAAAAGGUCUGCGGUUCUCACAUUACAGAUAGAAUGCAGAGGCUUCACUAUUCAGCAAGUCACUUGUGAACUACGUCAGAAAUAGCAGCUUCACACUCAGCAGGGUUUAUAGCAAAACAUCCUGAAUCAUCACUUAACACAGUUUUAUAAUGACUUAAGGGAAGCUUAAGUAAAUGUUUGUAACAUCAUAAAAUGGCUGUUCUUCUGAGUAACAUAUACCUUCCUUAAAAUAAUGCCUCUUUAUAUCCUUUUUUAACACUUUUCACUUAGAAGAUAUUCUAACUUAUCAGCCGUUUCUUUCUUUUAAACACCCCUUCAAACCCAUCAUCUAAAGACAUUUAACAGACAGAUCAUCACAAUAUAUACUCAUUUUCAUUACAUCUCAAAUCCGUUGGACUAGGUAUGUGGCUGCCGGCACAGAGUUGGGGAAAGUGAGAGUUGCCUCUGAUCGUAAGUGAGCAUUGUAAAGCAGAGCUCGUGGCAUUAAGGUGUUGACUGGGGACAAGGUAGAAAAAAGGUCAUUGGAGCAGCUAACAGCAUUAGUGAUGAUAAAACCACAGCUGAAUAAAUAAAUACAUAAAAUGAUGAUCUGUGAACAUAUAAUUUUGUCAUACAGGACAGUAUUAUAAUACAUUUCUGUACAAGUUAAAAUAAUACUCAACACUGAAAGCAGAGCACAAAUGACUAUAACAGUCAGCAUAUCACAAUCUCAAUCCAAGAAAGUAGAAUAUAGUUCUUCAGAUUGAUGUGGCCACAAACAUUAGAAUUUUCAUUAUUUGUUCAAUGUGCAAAAUUCUAAAUUGUACUUACAUAAUUAACGUCAUUCAUGAUAUUUGCCAAUCACAGAUAAAUUUGCAAUUCUUGUUACAAUCCUGAUGCUUUACUGCCCAACUGAAUUGAAAACAAUUGGCUCAGAGGAAGUUACAGGUUUUUUUUGUUUUUUUUUUACUGGAAGUGACUUUUCUGUAAAAAUGUUUCAAGUGAAAGUGGCUAGAAAUAAAAACACCUACAGUAUUUGUUUAACGUUUUUGUUUGAAACCAACAGCCAUUUUCUAGGAAUGGAAGUAAUUAUUAAAGUACUGUCAAAAACCUGGUGUGCCCACUCAGUGAUAGCCCAUUCAUCUUUGGAGUCCUUCAUCUAAUGGUCACUUAUACUGUGUUUACUUUGUUUAAGUGGUUCUAAUGUGGGUUUGGUUAUGUAUAAAUCUGGUCCAUCACGCACUUAUUCUGUGUCUCUUUGUUAAAGUGAUUAUUAUGUUGUUUUUUAUAAAUAGAUGUGCUCCAUGGAGUGUAGCCAUGAAGCCAAUGAAACGGAUCAGAGUAUGAACAAGACUACAUGUCCCACAGGGACAGAUUUUCUAUUACUUACAACACUACUGUUAUAAUGAAUUGCAAAUAAAAUAUUUUGGAUUUUGGA